UCCCCGCGUGUUGGCCGCUGGAGAAGGAAGCGUCUCGCCACCCCCUGGGCCCCGGGCCUGGGGCCGCCUCAGCCACUCGGAUUGCGGGCGGGCCGGGGCGGGGCCCGGAGGUUUAUGCUCCUACACCUGCCUAAACGCGCCUCCCCCCGGGCAGCGCCGCCCCAGCAACUGCAGGACAAUCCCGCCCUGGGGCUACCCCCGCCCUGCCUGAGCGGGGACCCUGGGCUCCCGGAGCUGAGUCCCUGCCUGCGCCGGGGGCGAGGAAGGACCCCGGGGUCCGUGCCAGCGCUGGUUGCGCUGUGCGUCCAGACGGCGCCAUGGCUGCGGCUGGGGGCUGCUGCUGCUGCCCGCGGGGAGGUGGUUGCGUGGCCAAGGAUGCAUCGCAGGACAAGUUACAUCCAAGAAACCUGAUUCCAGAGCUCUGCAAGCAGUUUUAUCAUUUAGGAUGGGUCACAGGAACUGGUGGUGGAAUCAGCUUGAAACAUGGAGAUGAAAUCUACAUUGCGCCAUCAGGAGUCCAAAAGGAAAGAAUUCAGCCCGAAGAUAUGUUUGUUUGUGACAUAGAAGAACGGGACAUCAGCGGCCCUCCACCACACAAGAAACUAAAGAAAAGCCAAUGCACGCCUCUCUUUAUGAAUGCUUACACCAUGAGAGGAGCUGGAGCUGUGAUCCAUACUCAUUCAAAAGCUGCUGUCAUGGCUACCCUUCUCUAUCCAGGAAGUGAGUUUAGAAUUACCCAUCAGGAAAUGAUAAAAGGAAUCAAGAAAUGCACUUCAGGAGGGUAUUACAGAUAUGAUGAUAAGUUAGUGGUCCCCAUUGUUGAGAACACACCAGAGGAGAAGGAUCUCAAGGAACGAAUGGCACGUGCAAUGAAUGAAUACCCAGACUCUUGUGCUGUAUUGGUCAGACGUCAUGGAGUUUACGUAUGGGGAGAAACGUGGGAAAAAGCCAAAACCAUGUUUGGGUGUUCUAAUCCACCAUGCAACUCUCAGAUUCUGCUGCACAUGGCCCAAGCCAGAAGGGGGCAUUAUUCCACUCAUUUGACAGCUGGAUUCUACUAGUUAUUCUUGACUAUGAGUUGGUUUGGAAGGAAAGGAGGGAGAGAGGUUUUUUUGUUUUUGUUUUGUUUUAAUUGCUGUGAUGAAUAUCUUCCAAAAAUCACUUUGAUUUUCUCACUGCAAUUCUAAGUUUCUGAAAUGCUCCACCUGCCAAUGAAAAAAAAAUUAAACUGCUUUUUUUGCUCUUACAACUUUCUCUUUAUAACUUCACAAUCAUGUAAUUUUUUUAAUUAUUAUUUUGUAGAGUGGUGGGUUUGGUGUGGAAAACCUUACGUGGAGGUUUCUUCUGUACUGCUGCAAAUAAGUAUUAAGGACAAAUACACACUGAUACAAUCUUUUACUAUAAUUUAACUUUUUAAUUUUCUUCUGCAACCUCUCUCUGUAUUGAAAUGAUUUUUAUUUAUUAUUAUUAUUUUUGCCAUCAUAAUUGCCUGCACUUGCUCUCACAAAAGAGGGUUUUGGUUUGGUCAGACUUGGACAUUUAUUUUUGAAAGUCAAUGAAGAGGGUAAUGAAGAUGUAGAGAUGAUGUGGGCAACCGCUCAGUCUCUAUCUUCUGUUAAGUAUAUACUGGAAAAAGAUACUAGGCACCAUAUUUGAUGAUGGAUUAAUAUAUUUUAAUUGUGAUGUCUCUUUUAUAUUGUGAGAGAUUUUAUUUUUUCUCAAUCUGCUUCUAAAUAUUUAGCUGUGUGCUGGAUGGUGGAUCAUAAUUUCUGCAGGACUAAUGACCCAUGGUGGUUCUUUAAUAGUUGUCUGUUGCUGCCCAAGUAGAAAAUUUCAGUAUCAGCUGACAGAAUCUACACCACUGGGCUUGAUACUUUUUUUUUUUUAAAUUGCAGAAUUCAAAAAUUCGAUAUGAAGCCUGAAGCACCAGUUGAACUAUUAAUUUGUUCCCAAGUGUUAUGUUAAUUUUUUUUUUUUAUAUAUAAUCAAGCCUAUAACUGAUCACCUUGGAAUCCUUUGCUAACUUAUUUCUGAACUAAGAAAAAGCUAACAAUUCUAUAGUCCUGCGUGAAUGGACUGAUAUUCUGUCUUAAUAUUUCCUUCACAAAGGAAUUCACUUUCAAUAAGAUCUUGUUAAAGACCAUUAGAAUUUUAAAACAGCUUGAUAAAUGUCUUCAUGACCAUAGUUAAUCAUGGUAAAAUUUCAUCAAAUGUCAUGAUUUAGGAUAUAUACAAUGCCAUGAGGGUCAAAAAGUACAUUAUUGGCUGAAAUACAGUAUUCCAUAAUAGUGCAUUUUAGUAUCUUCUUCCACCAUAUUGGGGAAUGGCCAGUGUUGGAAGCAAGGUAUCAGUUUGGAUGGGCUAAUGGUCUGAUCAGAUAGAGUAAUUAUGUUUCUAUGAAUACCUUUUUAAAUCAAGAGCUACAGUAUAUAGAAAUAAAUUUUACUUUGCUAUGAAAAA